AUGGCAGCAGCUGCGAAGGACCAGCUUGUGCGCAUUCUUAUCGCGGCAGGGAAAGCAGCGCCCACGCCACCAGUGGGGCCGGCACUUGGUGCUCGUGGCGUCAAAUCCAUGGACUUUUGCAAGGAGUUCAACGCAAAAACAGCCCAUAUUGCACCGGGGACGCCAACUCCAACUAUAAUACGCGUUCGACCAGACCGAACCUUUUCAUUCGUCACAAAAACUCCUCCCACCGCCUAUCUUCUCAGACAAGCUGCCGGAAUUGAGCAGGGCACUGGAAAGCCCGGCCACGAAUUUAAUGGGACUGUCAGUCUGAAGCAUAUCUACGAGAUUGCUAGGAUAAAGUCCACAGACGAGCACAUGAAGCAUCUCCCUCUGGAAUCUGUCGCCAGGAUGGUCGUCGGCAGCGCCAAAUCGCUGGGCGUUCGGGUUGUUCCUUGA